AUGUCGUCGAACGUGGAAGACAUCGUCGCAUCUCUCAACGCCAUCGGGCCAGACGCUCAUGGCAACAGCAAUGAGGCGGCUCGGCAACAAGUCCUGGAUGCAGCUAGACGACUGGUCAACCGCACGCAGAACCCUUGGGAGCGAGCAUGGGAGCUAGCUAUAGCAGGGCCCUCUGUUUUUUCUGCAACACAGGUUCUCCUUGACCUCGGCGUUUUUGAGGGCUGGGCCAAGAAUGGCGGCAGAGAGUCGUCACUGGAUGAACUCCUAACGCUCUGCAAUGCCAAAUGCGAGACGAACUUACUGAGACGGCUUCUUCGCAUCCUCGCGUCCUUCAAUGUCAUAGAGGAGACUGGUGAGGAUCAAUGGAAGGCCACCGACUUCUCGCUCGAGCUUGGGAAACCAGAUGGCCCCAUUGCCCUCACGAUCCUGAGUGGGACACAUCACGCGAUUCCAGCGGGCGAGAACCUACCAGGUUAUCUAGCGAAGACCUCGUACCGGGAGCCCCUCGAUCCCAACAAAGGCAACUACGCGGACUUCGACGACCAAGGGCUGGACUUCUUUGCUCGCUGCCAGGCCGAUCCCCGAUAUCAGGCCAGCUUCAUCAAUGGAAUCAUGGUCGGUAUCGCGACGCAGAAGGUGGACUGGACUGAAGUCUAUGACACCAAAUCGCUUGUCGACGGGUUCAGCAGUUCAGACGGGGGAGUCUGCGUGGUUGAUACAGGAGGCGCACAUGGCAUCGACAUCAUGCGCAUGUUGGCGAGACACCCAGAGCUUCCGCAAGGAGCUCUGGUUCUCCAGGACCUGCCUGAUGUAGUCGCGAUGGCAAAAAUUGACUCCAAGAUCGAGACAAUGCCGUACAAUUUCUUUACCCCACAGCCCGUUCAAGGAAGUCGCGCCUACUUUAUGCACGCAGUACUCCAUGACUGGACGGACCCCGAGGCGAAGAUCAUUCUCGGCAACCUUGCCCCGGCAAUGAAGAAAGGCCACUCAAAACUUCUCAUCUACGAGGUCGUCAUUCCGCCAACGGGAGCUUCGCCACUGCAGACGACAGUAGAUAUAGGCCUCAUGACCUUGCUGUCGGCGGCCGAGAGGACGGAGGCCAUGUGGCGACAGCUGAUUGAAAGCUGUGGCCUAAAGGUCGUGAAGAUUUGGACGAAUCCGUUAGCCAUGGAGAGUGUCAUUGAAGCUGAGCUUGCCUGA